AUGUUUCGUCUAGUGAUCAUUGCUUGUCCACCGGUUCGGGUGUAUCUAUUGAACCUUAGGUUCCGACUCUCACAACUCGAUCAUUUACAUACAAUUGUUAGACGAACCUCAAUUGGAGAUUGGUUUCUUGUGUAUAUGUUGGGCCAAAACAUCGAUAGUGUCAUUUACCAGGAAGUGAUUCAAGAUUUGGCCACCAAAACCGAUUCUCAGCCAAAAGAGAGCCAGUCUUUGAUGUCUACAUAAUUGAGACAAAACUAACCAUAUAUGAGAGAAACGGACCAAAAUACCUAAAGGAUCUGUUGCAAAUCUGAUCCAUUAUUUGUUGGCAUCUAGUUAAAGUCUUAUUUACGUCAACAUUGGCUAUAAUACUCUACGAUAUGAAUAUGAAGUACUAAACAGUAUACUGUAUAUCAUAAAGAAAAGUCUUAAUGGUUAAACCAAAUCAAUUAUGAAAACUUAUAUCAAUUUGGGAACAACUCUUUCGGAUCUGUUGAAGCAAAAAUUAAACACAAAUUAUACU